ACCCACAAUAUGCUUUGAUACGCGGCUGAAAACACUAGUCCAGAAAUUCAAAUAUUCUUCUCAAGGUGAUGUUGCAGAAUUGGAAAAUAGUUAUCAUGCUGGAAACACGAGAGUAUGGAAAUGCACUGACGAUGCUAGCGGGAUUAAAGUCUUACGAGUUAUGAAUAAUUUUGUAUUCAACCUAAACGGAAUUGAGAAUAUAAGAACUAUUCUAUAUAUUGAUGGAAUUGCUAUUUUUAGAGAUGAUAAUGAGAGAAAGUUAGAAAUAGCUGAAGUGAAAUUCCUCAAUGCUCAGGAUUACACUCAUACAAUAUUUCAUGGUGGACUUGAAUUUGAUGAAUCAUCUGAGGAUGUUCACCUACAUCCUAUUCAUGUGGGGGAGCCGAAGAUUCAAGAUGUCAAUUAUAUUUUGAAUGACAAUGAAUUCUCCAAAACCACCUUCAUCUUUUCUGGGCAAUUUGGAGAUUAUCCGAAAGUUGAAAAUAUUCUGGAAAUUGGAGAACCUCAUCCCGGGAUAAAGCCAGAUGAAGACAAAGAAGGCAGAAGAUUUCAAAUGACGAUACGGUGUCAACCGAGUUCUCUUCCUGGAGGAGUGAGUGAUGAAAAGAUUGAACCAGAAGUCAUUUUCCUACGAAGAAGUGAUGGGGAAAAGGUUCUUCCUUCUCUAAUAACCAAUUUGGAUUCGUACUUUGAGAACAUGAUAAAUAAAAUAUGGAGAUGUGAAGGAGAUGAAACUCUCUACAGAGUACAGACUCGAAUGAAUUCGAAACAAUCUUUGGAUAUACAGUACAUUUUCCACCAAAAUGGAGUCAAAAUUUAUGAGGGUUACAAGGAUCGAAGACAUCUCAUUGAAAUCACCUCAUAUUUCGAGGAAAAGACUUCUGAACACAACAAACCAACCUUUGUACCAGUUAAAUUUGAGGGUCUUGUGAUUCUCCCCUCCGAUGAUCUGAGGGAGAAAUUCAUAGAUGAUAAGGGGAAUUUUAGAAACCAACUCCAUGAUGAAAUUCUCCAAUUCUCUGCUAAGAGUAGGGAAUCUGGAUAUACUUAUCAAGUUGAGACAGAGUUCAAUUUCAGGAUUGAUAACAGAGGUGGUGAAAUUGUAACAUGUGUGAAGAAUGAUGACAAAGAUACGCAACGGACUUCAUGGAUGAAGACAAAAAUUCGUGUUAAUAAAAAAAGUACUUCAUUUAUAUCAAUAUGGCCUUUGGUAGAUCGGAAAACAGAAAAAAAACACAUUCUUCAUGAUUCAUAUGAGAUGUGGUCCUGCAAGAACCAGGAAUUCGAAUUCUACAGAAUAGUGAAUAAAAUGCUUAUGAAAGAGAACACUCGUGUAUAUUAUCAUCCAGAUGGAGUGGAAGUACAAAGAUUGAUUCUCCUUGAUGGCCAAAAAUUUAUUCAAAUAAAGAAUGAGAGAUUCUUAAGAGAAAGAGAAGAAAAGAGGGAAGCAAUUGAGUACAUUGGAAGGCUGCAACUGGAAAGACAGACUCUUCCAGGGUUUGAGAAGAUGCUUAGCUCUCCACCAUUCAACAUUCAAGUUCUGGGAAAAGAGGCUGAAGAACUUUCUCCAUACCAACCAAGUUACAUUUUCACAUUGGACAGUAUGAGGUAUGCUGCAUUCCUGGGUUUGGGACAGAGAUCAGCUGACAAAGAUCAGCCUCCUCCCAUAGUAUUUAGUGAUGAAAUGGACGCUUUGCAGACAGAAUCUUUCAAUGCAAAAUCAAGCAGAAUAUUCCAGCUGGGACGAUUCUGGAAUAAAUUAUUGAUUCCAAAAAAAACUAUGAAGUGUUAUGUAUACACAACUGCAAACUUGAGAGCUAUGGGAUACAGAACCUACCCCGAAGAUGACAAAACAAAGUAUAAUCCAAGAGUUGCAGAGUACAUAGACCAGAAGCUUCACAUAUUGACUCAAGAUGAAUUUGAUAAGAUAUUCACAAUCACAAGUGUGCGCACUUGGUUUUGCACUGACAAUACUGAUGAAUUCAUAAAAGUGGAAACAGUUUUUGAGACAACAACGAUUCCAUCUUCUGUGAGAUUUGCUGAUGGUGUGAAAGUCAAGCUUGAGAAUGUGAAAAAUAAGGAGCUCCUCAAAAUAACAGAAACUGUCUAUGUCGACAUGAUGAAUUCCAAUGUUUAUAAGCGUUUACAGAGAGAACCAGAAGAACCAGAAGGCAAGAAGAAGAAGGAGAAGCAGGACGAUCUGAUGGAGUUUGUCAUUAAGUCUGAAAAAAAGAGUGGGUGGCACAUUCACAUUCCAUUUCUUUAGUGUAAUAACUAUAUAGGAAAAACUGGAGAGCUCGAGAAUAAUAAUGAGUUAGUUAUUAAUUGAAAAUUCCAAGACCUUCAUCAUCAAUUCUAUUUAUUUAUUGUAAUCUAGGUGAAUAUAUAUAAAUUAUUUCGGUUUCUAAUCUGAAUAUGAAUUUUCAGUUCAUAUUAUUAUUAUUAGGUAUAUCUGUUAAUAAGUUGGAAAGCAACUUAGGUUUUGUAACAUCUUAUUUAUCGAAAUUUGAUGAUAGUUUUGGGCUGUAUCAUAGCCUAGUAUAGAUAGAAGUUUACUAUAACUGUUUUCUUUUCUUUAAAUCUUCCUAAUGUUAUUGAUGUUUCACUUGAUGAAUGAAUGGAUAUAUAGAAUGAAUUAAUCAACAGAAUUUAGCUUCUAUAACAUUCAUCUAUUGAUUUAAUUAUACAGAAUCAAUUAAAAUGUAUAUCUAUCUAUGAAAUACGAUCAGUUGUACCUACGCUUCACAGGGGUCUGAGAAAAAUACAAAUUUGUCAUCAAUAUGUAGUCUAGCAUAAUAUGGUACAUUGGAAACCAAUUUAUAGAUUUUUGUGAAAUUCUGUCAUCACUAGGAAGGACAGUAAAUAUGAGUAAGGAAUGUGAAUAACUGCGUUUGCGCUUUGAAUAACAAUAUUAUAAACGAAAAUCUUUGAAAUAUUGUUCAAUUUAUUGUUCUCGUUCUUGAUAGGAUCGAGCUAUGAGCUGAAAGCUGGAAAAUCAAUUGUUGUGGAACAUUAUUUAUAAAGUGUUGUAGGUCUAUCUUUUUAGGGCCGGUUUCCGAGCUCGGGAUUUAGCUGAGUUCUAGACUUUAAGCAGCUGGAGUCAGAAAAUUUGCUUUCCGGAACGGGGCGUAGUCAUAGUCAAAGUCACGUUUAAAUUAAAUUUCGAGAAACUAGAAAAUUGAACAAAAAAUAAAAUAAAGAGAAAAUAGAGUAAAGUUUCAGCUAUUUUGAAUUAUUUAGGAAUGUCUCAUUUCGUCAAGGAAAAACGUUUCGAAUUAUAGAGAUGAGAAAAUAAAGAUUUAUUUUGCUGCAACUAUUCACUGCGACUACGCCCCGUUUCGGAAAGCCAACUUCAGACUCCAGCUGUUUAAAGUCUAGAACUUACCAAAAUCCCGAGCUCGGAAACUUGCCCUAGUGGCUUAUAAAAUGUCAAUAAAGAUUUUCGACUUAUAACAUCUCUAUCUAUUUGUUCUUAUAAUAGGAGCCAUGUGCUGAAAGCUGAAAGAUUAGUUGUGUAAAACAUAGUGUUGUAAACUUUGUGUGGCUUAUAAAAUGUCAAUAAAGAUUUUAGAAUCAUAA